UCUUCUUCCAGUUCUAGGGACAUUAUGUCCUUAUGUAAUGACUCGUUAACUGAAUCUUAUUUUGCAAUAAUGGAAGAGUCUUCUAAAGAGUCGAGAAGAAAGAAGCAAAAACAUAGUAAAAAAAAAAAAACUGAUACAAGAAAAAGUUUGACUGCUGAUCAGUUUGAAGUUGCUAAAGCAACAAUUUCAAAUAUUGUUUGUGGAAAAAAGAAGUGGUUGGCACUUAAUCUAAGUUCAAACAAUGCCGAUUUGAAGCGACAAAGAGCUGGAAAAUUUCCUCUGUUAGAAGAAGCACUUGCACUUUGGGUAUCAAGAGCAAAUAGUACAUAUCAGACAAUUACAGAUACAAUAAUUCAAUAUAAGGCAACACAACUCAUGGAAGGGCUUGAAGUAACAGGCUUUAAUGUCUCUGAUGGGUGGCUUUCAAAAUUCAAAAAGCAAUAUCAUAUAAAAGAAUACAAGCAUUUAGGUGAAGAAUCUGGUGACUCUCCUGAAGAGAUUACUAUCAAAGAUGCAAUUGACUUUACUGCUUCUGUAUAG